CAUAAAUCAGGAACGGCCCUCACUGCUUCUCUGGUUUCCAAAUUAUCUUCCAUCUUCUUCAGGCCAUGAUGUUCUUCUCACUUACAGCGCUUGCCAUUCUUCCUAGUCUGACUUAUUUCUUCACCAACCCCGAGCUUUGCUCGGGUUUGUGCAUCAUCAGUGACCCUGAACUUAUGCGUCGAGUGUCUGACGGAAAGUACUUCCGCUUCUCUACCGGUGGCGAAAUCACUUACGCCACCUCCGAUUCAUUGCAUGGUCCCUGGGAAGGUGUCGGUUCUGUUCUCCCUAGCGGAUCAAAGAUAAAGCUGGCUGGUAACACAGAUUUGCCCCCUGAUGUUCAUUACAUAGACGGAACCUACUACCUGUUCUAUGCGGUUUCUACCUUCGGCUCCCAGUCGUCCGCCAUCGGUCUCGCCACCUCUACCACCAUGGACCUCAACAGCUGGAACGAUCACGGGUCAAUUGGUGCCGACGGAACUUUUUACAUGAACUUCGGCUCUUUCUACAAUGACAUCUAUCAAGUCAAGAUGAAUUCUGCAGGCACCAAGACCGCCGGCAGCGCUGCUUACAACAUCGCCUUCAAUGUUACGAGCGACCACUCCGAGGAAGGGGCGUUCAUGUAUCAGUAUGGCAGCUAUUUCUAUCUCUUCUUCUCGUCAGGUGCAUGCUGUGGCUACGAUACCAAUCGCCCUGCUGCUGGUGAGGAGUACAAGAUUAUGGUUUGUCGCAGCACCACAGCUACUGGAGGAUUUGUCGAUAAAGAUGGCAAUGAUUGCCAGGCGAGUGGCGGCUCUCUCGUCUUGAAGAGCCAUGAUAAUAUUUAUGGACCUGGCGGUCAGGGUGUUUUCGAUGAUCCGGAGUACGGGACUAUCCUUUACUACCACUACAUCAACACUGAGGUCGGUUAUGCUGAUGGUGAUAAGCAAUUUGGUUGGAACGUCAUUAACUGGUCUGACGGGUGGCCUUCCGUGUAAGCUGCGGUUUUUGUGCGUCCUUGGAGUUUUGCCCGGGAACGAGAGGGCUAUUUGUAUAUAGUGGUGGUUGAGGUCACAGGGAAGCAAAACAAGUUCUUGGCAUAAUUGCGGUGCUUGAUAUGCUUUACACAACAACAAUCCGACGUCGAUAUCAACGUCGCGCUUCCCGGAUUUACUCCAGACCUUGCGAUCGC